UCACGUGAUCCGGUCGCAAGCGCUUAUUUUUCCGUCCGCUCAGCUCAGGAUCUGGAGAAGUUUCUUGUUCUUUAGGUCUGCGCGACAGCGGAUGAAACGAAGAGAAAUGUUGGCUGUUACCCUGGCUUUGCUUCUGGCCGUCGGCUCCGGGGUGUUGGCCGAACCGCUUAAGUUCCUGGACUGUGGUUCCAAAGAUGGAAAUAUUUUGGAGGUUAAUGUUACUCCCUGCCCUACAGAACCUUGCCUUCUCCACAAAGGAGUGGCUUACACUGUCAAUGUCACAUUUUCCAGUAAAAUUGACAGCCAAGGCAGCAAAGCAAAGGUGUAUGGGGAAAUGCUGCACGUAGAUAUUCCCUUCCCACUUGAAGAGUCUGAUGGAUGCAAGUCUGGGAUCAAAUGCCCUAUUCAGAAGGACCAUUCUUACAGCUACUUGAACAAGCUCCCAGUGAAGAGCGAGUACCCAUCUGUUAAACUCAUUGUCAAGUGGGAGUUAUAUGAUGACCAAGAGGGAUUGUUAUUCUGUUGGAAGAUUCCUGUCCAAAUUACCAGCUGAAAAAAAAAAACCACCUCGCCCUCAAAGAUUAUGGAGGAUGGAAGGACUGGAUUUGAUAAAGAAGACUAAAAUAUUUUGCUGUACAAGGCAUUUCCUGUUUCAGCCCCUAAACGAUCUGUGCAAUAAUUGUUCUCGGAGUCAAAGCCUAGAUGCAGAACCAAAUGGAUAGCCAGAAUAAACAGUGGGUUGAUGGAUACCUUGCUGUAACUCAGGGCAAAGUUUCUUAUAAUAAUUGAAAGAAAAUGUGUAUGGAGGAUUUAUGUUGCUUGAUAUGGAAUACCUACCACAAAAAUAUUUUUUUCUUGUAAGAAAACUGACCAAGCAAAGAUGAUUGCUGUAUUUCUAUCUUUUCAGUGCCUCUUGUGGUCAGAUACUGGCUGAAAAUCUCCAUCUGCUUUUCCCCUUAGUAUCAUGAGCUGAACUUUUUAGAAUUGUGGUUGCCAUCUGGAGCCAAAAGAAGACAGGAUAGCCACCUUUUGUGACUAAUUCUGUAGGGAUUGUACUCUCAGAAGGAGCCAAACCAAAUGGCACUUGAUCUCUAUGCAGAAAUAAUUUGUGUUAAUCAUUUUGCACUACCUUGUAACUCAUUUAAAGUUGCUGUGGGAUGUAUUCCCAAAUACAACUACUUUUUAUAACUUUGUUUUUAAUAAACCCUUAGAAUCAAA